AUGGCAAGGACCACACGACAGAUCCUCGACUUCACUCUCGGUAUUUCAAAAAGCCUACGUAAUGCUGCUGCUACAUCAUGGAAAUAUUUGAAAGUUGAAGCAGUACCACCAUUGACUUAUGGCUUCUUUAAUGGAGCACCUGGGCAGAAAUUGGAAAGCGUUGUUGGAAAUUUUGCAAACAAUAUCAUAAAGGCAAUGGAAACUCGGAUCAAAGAAAUAGACGCAGCGGCUGAAAGACAAAAGCGUGAGCUCGAAGCAGCGAUAAAAGCACGCGAAGAGAAAGCUAAAGCUGAUGCAAUAAAGAAAGAAGCUGAACGGCUCAAAGCUCAAGCUAAGAAGGCAGCUGAAGCGGUAAAAAAAGCUAAAGUUGAGGCCGAGCAGAAGAAACCUGAAGUGAAAGCUGCAAAAACGAAAGAGAAACCAAAAGAGAAACCAAAAGAGAAACCAAAAGAGAAACCAAAAGAAAAACCAAAGAAAAAGGCCAAAAAGGAAGCAAAACGCAAACCAAAGGAACAAGGAAAGAAAAAGUAG